GAUCAUAUUUUCAGCAUUUUUUUGUGUUCGACAUUUUUGAUUUAAUUUUUUACUUUUUAUCUGAAAAAAAUUUAACUAAAUUUCAAAAAUGAUUAGAGGAAAAGCCGCCAAAACUAAAGUGAAAAAUAAAGCUCCAGCUGAAAUUCAAAUUACAGCUGAGCAAAUUUUAAGAGAAGCAAAAGAACGAGAACUUGAAAUUGUUCCACCACCACCGAAACAAAAAAUAUCCGAUCCAGAUGAAUUAGCCGAUUAUCAGCUCCGAAAACGUAAAGCAUUCGAAGAUAAUAUUCGUAAAAAUCGUUCAUCAUUUAGUAAUUGGAUUAAAUAUGCUAAAUGGGAAGAAAGUCAACAAGAAAUUCAACGUGCUCGUUCAAUUUAUGAACGUGCAUUGGAUGUUGAUUAUCGAAAUAUUAAAAUAUGGCUAAAAUAUUCACAAAUGGAAAUGCGAAAUCGACAAAUAAAUCAUGCCCGAAAUGUAUUGGAUCGUGCUGUAUUAAUAUUACCACGUGUUAAUCAAUUUUGGUACAAAUAUGUUUAUAUGGAAGAAAUGUUACAAAAUUUAUCCGGUUGUCGACAAGUAUUCGAACGAUGGAUGGAUUGGGAACCAAAUGAACAAGCCUGGUUUACAUAUGUUAAAUUUGAAUUACGUUAUAAUGAAAUUGAUCGAGUUCGUGCUAUUUAUUCACGUUUUGUUACCGUUCAUCCUGAAGUAAAAAAUUGGAUCAGAUUUGCUCAUUUUGAAGAACAGAAUGGAUUUAUUGCAAACAGUCGUGAUGUAUAUGAAAAAGCUAUCGAAUUUUUUGGUGAUGAUUAUCUUGAUGAAUAUUUGUUUAUGGCUUUUGCUCGAUUCGAAGAAAGUCAACAUGAAUAUGAUCGUGUUCGUGUUAUUUAUAAAUAUGCAUUGGAAAAAUUAAGUAUCGAAAAUAGGCAAAAUAUUUUCAAACAAUAUUCAUUGUUUGAAAAAAAACAUGGUAAUCGUUUUGAAAUUGAAGAUGUUAUUUUUAACAAAAGAAAAACACAUUAUGAAGAUGAAUUGAAACAAAAUCCAUUCAAUUAUGAUCUAUGGUUUGAUUAUGUUCGUCUUAUGGAAGAUGAAGGUGAUGUUGAAAUGACAAGAGAAGUAUAUGAAAAAGCUGUUGCAAAUGUACCAUUGAAAAAAGAAAAACGAUUAUGGCGUCGAUAUAUUUAUCUUUGGAUUUAUUAUGCCAUAUAUGAAGAACUUGAAAAUAAAGAUUAUGAAAAAACAAGAGAAAUUUAUAAAUUUCUUUUGGAAAAACUUAUUCCACAUAAAUCAUUUACAUUUGCUAAAAUUUGGAUAAUGGCAGCCAAAUUUGAAAUACGAAGAAAAAAUCUAACCGAAGCACGUAAAAUAUUGGGAACAUCUAUUGGUCUUUGUCCAAAAGAUAAACUAUUUAAAGAAUAUAUUGAACUUGAAAUUCAACUACGUGAAUUUGAUCGAUGUCGUAUUUUAUAUCAAAAAUAUUUGGAAUAUGCACCACAUAAUUGUAUAACGUGGAUGAAAUUUGCCGAAUUAGAAAAUAUACUUGGCGAAAUUGAUCGUGCCCGACAAUUGUUUGAAAUUGCAAUUGAUCAACCAAAAUUAGAUAUGCCUGAAGUUAUUUGGAAAGCAUAUAUUGAUUUUGAAAUCGAAAUGGAAGAAUUUGAUCUGGCUAGAAAUCUAUAUGAACGUUUAUUAGAACGUACUGAACAUGUAAAAGUUUGGAUAAGUUUUGCUCAAUUUGAAUUAUUGGCCAACAAAGAUGAUCAUGAAUUUGGUGUAUUACAAUCUAGAAAUAUUUAUCAACGAGCAAAUAGAUCAUUGAAAGAUGGUGAAAAAGAAUCACGAUUAAUGUUAUUGGAAGCAUGGUUAGAAUUUGAAACAAAAUAUGGUGAUGAAAAAUCAUUAGCAUCGAUACGUAAACAGAUGCCGAAAAAAGUUAAAAAACGAAGAAAAAUUCAAACAGAUGAUGGAUCCGAUGCUGGUUGGGAAGAAUAUUUUGAUUAUAUUUUUCCAAAUGAAACUGAAAAUGCUGUUCAUCUUAAAUUUUUGGAAAUGGCCAAAAAAUGGAAACAGAAUCAACAACAACCGCAAACGUCAUCUAGCGAAUCUUCAUGAAAAAAUUAUUUAUAAUUUUUUACCUUAUUCGAAUAAUAUGCGCCUACCUAUCUAUUUUCAAAAUGAUAUUU